ACAUUUACUCCCAAGCGAACCAAACCAACUUCAAAAGGCUUCUGUGGAUCUGGUCAUACUGAAGCAGAUACUGUAUCUGCUCAUGAACAACUUCGCUGGCUCCGACUAUGCGGUGCUAGACACUAUCUUCGAGCAAGUCAGACAGUUUCCUGUUGCCCACAUGGAGGGUAUGCUGGAGGCACUACCUCAUCCAUACGCAGGAGCACUUCAGCAAAGUAUCCUCACUAUCGCUAUCAAAUCAAAUAUACCAACUCUCGUAGAGGUUAUCUUGAGAAGAGGGCUUGA